AUAUAUGAACUCAAAGUUAAUUUGUACAGGUGGUAGUUGUAGAAAGACAUGCCGGUGUUGGUGACACAGCUUUGUUGAAACUUUCGUUGUCGUCGAGGAUGAAACUGGAGUGGGGGGGCCACAGCUGCUACGUGACAACUCUACGACAUUUUAGCCACACUUUUAUGUCGAGCCUUGAAUGAUCAGUCACGAUGACAGGAACGCAGGUUUUUCCCCACUAAAGACAUGAGUGGUAGCUGCUUGUGUUUAGGUACAAUAAGUAGAUUUUGGUGACGUCUCUUAACCAAGUUUAGGUUCUACUCCUUAAGGAAUCUCUGCAGUUGCCAGAUGAGCGAGUGGAACAAGCUUAUUAAAUUCUGUGGCUGGCGUGAUGCAGAGCUCGAGCCGUGUGUGGAGGAGGCAUAUUCUGCAUGGAAGGCUUUGAAGGAGGUUAACUUCCACUUCGAUCUUGCCCACACGACUGUGCUGACACGUGCCCACGAAACUCUCGAUGCCAUUCUGGAAGAAAUUGGUCAGAAAGACAUCCCAGUUUACAAGACAUGGCGAUUCAAUGAACGUCACUAUGGUGACCUUACUGGGCUAAAUAAAGCUGAAACUGCCCAGAAGCAUGGAGAAGAGCAAGUGAAAAUUUGGCGUCGCAACUUUGACAUUACACCACCACCAAUGGAUGAGAGCAACCCAGACUAUAGAGAGAUCCUGGAGGAUCUUCGCUAUGCUGAUAGCCUCAGCAAAGAGGAGUUUCCGAAGUUUGAAUAUCUUAAACUAACAAUUGAGAGGACUUUGACCUCCUGGAAUGGCACCAUUGUGCCCCAGAUUAAAGAUGGGAAUAUUAUUAUUAAUGCUGCUCAUGGAAAUUCCCUGAGAGGCAAUGUCAAACAUCUGGAUUCAGUGUCUGAUGAAGCAUUUAUUGGUUUGAACUUGCCAACUGGCAUUCCCUUUGUGUUCGAGUUGGAUGAAAGUCUGAAACCUGUGGUCUCCAUGAAAUUUUUGGGAGAUGAAACUGUUCGAAAGGCAAUGGAAGCUGUGGCAGCCCAAGGCAAGGCAAAAGAAAUUAUAGGUAAAAUAAAAUGGCCUGUCUCUACUCGCCUUUCCCUGAGAUUUGCAGAACGAGCUAUUUUGUUAGAAUGUAAGUUGUUAGUCAUUCACAUUAAAUUUGCUGUUAAAGCUUGUGAUGUAUUCAGUUCCCUUGACGUAUCAUAAUUUGAGGGAAUAUAAAUAUAUUUUUGUAACGGCUUGAUAAAGCUCCUGGAGAACGAAACUUUGCCACAAAAUGUGUUGAGAAUCUACAACCACGGUGCUCUCCACACCAACUCUAAGGACGAGGAACUGAUUACCUCAUCUUUCGUAUAUAGUUCUACUGUCUUCAAAUUAUGUCCUAGAAUCUGUAUUGGUAAAGCCACUGGAUGGCGAAACGUCUACAACAAAGAUAACUAGAUGUUGCACGAGUCUUAACUUUUAUCU